CGAAAUUGAUUCUUGCAAGGAGGUUAUAUCGUUGUUCGCUUCCAUGCAGCAACGCCUUCCCCCUCGAUCCAAUUCAUCCUUUCCUAAUGUCUGGAGCCCUGUGAAACGUGUUUGUGGAGUGUUUCAAUACCAUCGAGUUGAAAUCUCAGAUCAAACAUGGUGCGAAUGAACGUGUUGAGCGACGCUCUAAAAUCCAUCAACAAUGCCGAGAAAAGAGGAAAGCGACAAGUCCUCAUCAGGCCUUGCUCAAAGGUCAUCGUCAAAUUCCUCACUGUCAUGAUGAAGCAUGGCUACAUCGGAGAGUUCGAGAUCGUAGACGACCACAGAGCGGGCAAAAUUGUGGUCAAUCUGACUGGCCGUCUCAAUAAAUGUGGUGUCAUUUCACCCCGUUUCGACGUGGGAAUCACUGGCAUUGAGAAAUGGACUAACAACCUUCUUCCUUCAAGACAGUUUGGGUAUGUUGUUCUUACCACAAGUGGAGGAAUUAUGGACCAUGAAGAGGCCAGAAGGAAACACCUGGGAGGGAAAAUCUUAGGAUUUUUCUUUUAAAGCAUUAAAGUUACAUUCUAUAAAAUA